UUUUGCCCUAUAAAGCGGACAGCAUACAUACUCUUGAUAGCGUUAACAGUGUUUAUGCUACAAUGAGGAAGAGAUAUGGGAUAUUUAACAAACGUUUGUUAAACAUGGAUCUUUUCCACUGAGAGUGAAUCAUCAUGGAUGUUCGUCUAGCAUUCAACGGAAAAGCUGGGAAGCUCAACGAACGUGUAUUUAAAAAGUUGAAAGCAAUAUGCCAGCCUGUCAUAGCAGGACAAGACAACACAAGAAAAGGCAAUGCAAGAACUCUUGUUUCACAGGGUGAUGUCCCUUUGUACGACACGCGUCUUGUUAUACGCACGGUGGAAAAACCUUGGGCGGGUGAUCUCUCUGAUGAAGAGAUAGAGAAUGACCUAGAACAAAGAAUUCUACAUUAUGCAAUUGUUCCCCAAGUGGCGUACUACAGAAAUGAACAAACUGUUAGCUUCGUCUCACCAUACUUCCGUUGGGGCAGCCUGGAGGAAGUAAUACAGAAAGAAGCGGCAAAAACAUCCGAGAACACGACGGAAAAACCAGCGGUGGAAAUCACGGAAAACGCAACGCAAAAACCACAAAAUUUAGGAUGGAAAGAAAAGUUAAGAGUACUUUAUCAAAUAUGCUGCGCCAUUGCAUAUCUUCACGAGCCGCCAAACUGUGAUAGGAAACCUGUGUCCCACGGCAACAUAAGCAUGAAAAGCAUUCUUUUGGAUGAGCGGAAGAACGCCCGAUUGUUAUAUUUUGCACCUACAUCGGACAAAGGAGGAGUUGGGGAGGAACAGUUUCAAGAGGACAAAAACAAAGAUGUGCAAGCCUUCAAAGACAUAGCAUACGAGGUCUUUAAACAUGGUAGAAAGAAGAUAGCAUCAGAUAUACAAAAGUCUGUAACGAUGGAAGAAAUCAAAACAACACUGAUGUCGUUACUAAGACAAAGUGACAUCAAAUGGUGGACUGCAUCGUCAAACAUGAACACAACGAAAAUCAAAUGUGAUAUUUGCUGCGUGAAUAAACCCGAAAUGUUUUACAAAAAGCUUCAACACGAUCAAUCAUGUGUAACCAAAAUCCAGAUGUGCGUUGGUUGUUUGUGGAACUGGCGAUACAAUCCUGUCAAGUGCCACAGCUGUGAUCAAGGGAAAAUACAGUCUCCAGUCGGUGAUAGCUGGGGCGCUAUUCUCAUCGCAGGCACAGAUGACAAACAUGACGUUACACAACAUUUUGAAGACGAUAUAGGAAAGAUGAAAGAUACACUUAUUACAGAAGCGACUUUAAUGGGUGUAUGGAACAAUGUUUUUACAGUGAAGACGUCUACAACCACGCACAGUGAACAAUUGGAGAAGGCGUUCAGCAAUAUUGAUACUCCUGAGAUCAACACCCUCGUAUUAGUCUAUUCAGGUCAUCAUGGGGAAGAAGGAUUCAGAAUAGAUUCUGACUUGUUGACGGACGAUGCACUUGAAAAUAAAAUCAAUGGCCUUAAACAUGUAAAGAAAGUAAUUUUAUUUCUUGAUUGCUGUUUUCCAAAGAAGCUGAAUUUGGGAGACAAAACUGUGUUGCAGUUUAAUGCAGUGAAACGUGAACAAAAAGCGUCCAGUGGAAGAACAGGUAGCCAAUUCAUAAAUGAAAUUGUCGAUGCAUUGACAAAAUCCUGGAAAUGCGGGUGCUGCCAGAAUUCACCUAUCAUCAGACAUUUCGACCUGCAGGAAUAUUUGUCACGGCACGCAAAUUCUGAUUCAACAGAACCGUCACAUCAAACAUACACAGCAGGGGAAAUUGACGUCAUUCUUACGUUUAGAGCGGUUGAUUCCGGAUGGCUGACUGCGUUGGAAAAAUCCCUAGAAAGCGACCCAAUACAAGAAUUGAAAAAGGAACUGGUUAAACUAUAUAAAACAACAAGCACAGUUAGUAUUCGGCUUGACAUCGAUGAGGCACUUGAAAAAAUAUAUGAAGAGCCUAAACUUACAUUUAAAAGAAAUGGCAAAGACGAAGAGGACCAUAUAUCUGAAUUAAAUAACAUCUUUCUAAGCAAAGACGGCAAAAUAGUUAACACAGUAUUCGUCGUAGGCGAGCCUGGCUCAGGAAAGUCUUCGCUAUGUAAGAAGAUAAUUCAUGAUUGGUGUAAAACAGAAGAGGGAAACUUCGGACAGUCAGGAACUGAAUGGCACGACAUAUCAAGUCAGUUUGAAUUUGUUUUUUUUCUAAGUCUCCGCGAGGCGAAGAAUGAAUGCAAAAUUAAGAAUAUGAUAUUGAAAAAUGUCAUAGACCGGAUGGGAUUAGGACAAGAAAGCGUAGUACAAGAUAUAUUGCUUGGAGACAUUUUGAAAUCAAACUCCUGUCUGCUACUUCUUGAUGGUCUAGACGAAUGGCAGCAUCCGGAGCAAUGCAAUUGGAAUGAAAGAAUUCCCCAUGUAGACACAUCUUGGGAGAACUGUACCAUACUCAUCACCACAAGACCGUAUAAAUUGGCUGAGCUGAAAAUAGGCAACUCGCAGAUUGACAAUCAUGUGAUGUUGAGAGGAGUUACGUACCCUAUGAAGCUCGUUGAAAAAAUUGUAUCCAGAUUGAAUGAAUUUAACGAUACUAAAACACCCCUGGAUCCGCUAAAAUGCAUACAGGGCAUACAAGAUGAAAACUUGUGGCAUUUUAGUGAAUGUCCAAUUGUGCUAGCUCACAUCGUUUGGCUAUGGUACAAAAGAAAGCUUUCGGCAAAUAUGAAGCAUUCCGAUCUUUACGGAACGCUGUUGAAGGAGCGAUGGUUAGAAUAUUGUGGGAAGAGCAGUUCAUCUUCUAGAUCAAAAUUCAACGACGUGAUAUCCGCACUAAGCAAAAUAGCCUUUAAAAAGUAUUUUGCUGAUGAUGACAUUAACACGAUUGUGUUUGAAAUAGAUGAAGAGGAUAAAACUACUUUCGAAAGUCAAAAAGCUGCAUCGCUUGAAUCUGGCAUUCUAUCUUGCUUCAAUGUUCCAGGUGAUCAUCCACAGUACCAUUUCCUGCACAAAACAUUUCAAGAGUACCUAGCGGCGCUGUUCAUAUCAGAACAAAUUGCAGAGAGCUGUCUGCAUAUCAAACAUAUAUAUGAGCACCAUAGAAGAGAAUCUGGACUAAGCUUGUCACAGAUUUUUCUAUUCCUUUGUGGUUUGAGUACAAAGGCUGCUGAAGAUCUUUCAAAAACAAUGAACGAAUUGUUUACUCACUUUUGCGAUAAAGAAUGUUAUUCCGAAGAGGACUCGUACAAACUCCAGGAUAUGAUUUUGCAAGGUCAAAUAGAGCUAGACAAGGACGAUGACUCUGGAGGGAAAUUGUGCCUGCAGCACAUGAAUCUUGGUAGGUUCUACAGACUUAAAGGAAACAAGGCAACCAUCUUAGAACAAUAUAUGACGAAAAACCAAUCAAGCAUUGUGUCAUUGUAUAUCGGAGGGCCAAGCACAGUCAUUGCAUCACCCUUAGCGAGCAGACGUGACAGAAUGGUUUUAGAUUUAGAGAAUUGCAAGGAUCUUAAGUUCUUUCAUUUAUGCUAUACUGGUUUUAAAGAUGUCAUUGGUUUGAAUCUGAGUAAUUUAGUAGAAUGUGGUUUAGAAUUCAAAACUCGCCAGCAAGCUCCAAACCUCACAUCUACCUUCUAUAACUCUGAUAUUAAUUGUUUGAAAAAUCUGAGAAAAUUUAAACUGUCUAAUUUGACGGACUUGAGCUGGUUACAUGAGGGUUCAGAACAAGAGGAAUGCCUUGAUUUACGCCGACUAGAAAACCUUCAACACCUUACUGAACUUGAAUUAGGAGGACUGUCUACCUCAGACGUGGUGCAUCUACAACUGAUGACUCUACACAAACUGUCUGUAGGAUUUCUUAAACUAAAUCCAGCACAGCAGCUAAUGGCAACGUUAUCGGCACACGGUACAUGCCAGAAUGAACGAGAAGGGCUCUUUUCUCAUCUGAAGCACGUAUGCUUGGAAAAUGUUCGUAUGCCAGAGGAGCAGUUCAUCCGACUUUUGCAGUCAUGCAUACACGUAGACGCAGAAAGUUCGACAUGUGAGUUAGUGACGUGUUUCGUAGAGCCGGACGAAAAUGUAGAACAGCUGCAGGCUGUUUUUGAACAGCAGGUUACACCAUCCAACUGUGCAACAAGCAUUCAACUUGUUCGUGUGGAUAUCACUGCAAAGGCAUUAAUUCGUCUUGUUGAUAUCGUGACCAGAUGUGGCCACCCUGUGAAAUGUGAGUUACAUAGCUUAAAACUGAGGUCAAACCAAGCUGUUGAACAACCGAACAUUCCGAUAGUUGUUCCUCAGCCCAUUUCAGCUGAUUAUACUUCGGAAUUGAAUUUUUUUAAUAUCCAGAUGUCAACGGAACAGAUUUGUCAAAUUGUUGGUAUAAUAAGUCAUCUGAACCAUUCAGUCACAUUAAGGAUACAUGCUUGUUCCGAAAUAUUAAACGAAAAUAAUUACCUGAUGAAUCAGAUGGUACCUCCACAGUACGCCUCGCUGACCUGUGCCAAGUACAUUAAUGUUCAAGGUAUGGACAUAUCGGAAAAUACAUUUUGGUACAUUGUAAGCAGUGUGAUACAAUUUGGAUUAGAUUGUGGGUUGUUUCGAUGUACUGUGCUUCCAAACGGAGUACCGCAUGCGGACAAACUUCACUUUUUACAGGUGGGUAAUCCCCACUUGCCAGCUCAUACAGCAAAAAUCAGAUUGAAUAUCGUAUCAAUACCACAGGACGUGGUUCAGUGUCUCGCUUGUCUAGCGGUAGAAUCUGAACAUUUAGUUGAGUGUAAAUUAAACACCUGUGAGAUACCAUUUCUUUCCGAUGACAGGCCGUUGAAGGAAAAAAUGGACGACUAUGCUUCGCUCAUGAUCCAAGAGUUUGUCAAGGUGGAUCCAACCGCCAAGUUGCCUGAACGUUUUAAUGCGGACCAAACAUGGGACAUUCGUUUUAAAGCUACGCCAAAAAUUAAGUGAUUAAUCGUUCUACAGAAUGUUAUCAUGAACUUAUUAUUCAUUCGCAGCCUAUGUAAAUUCGCUGGUAUCCUCAUAAAAUAAGUAUUGACAAAUAUUUAAACAAUUUCAUUGAAGGCAUGCAACAGGGAUAUCAAUGAUUCUCCGAAUUUGUAAAUAACAUAAUUUUUAUUUAUUCAAUAUAAAGUCAAACACGACGGACAGACCUGCGUUCUCAACUUCUCUAGCGAUUUACAUUUUCAAAUAUAUUUAAUAUAAGGUAAUCAUAAGGUUUUGCGCAAGAUUUGUGAAUUUGGGACAGGCAAUGCUGCCCAACUCCUCGGCUUUCAAUCCAGUAUCAGUAUAUUUAACUGAGAUUCGACCUCCUAUGACAGCUGGUUUUCAAACGUCCAACGGUUCGAAUGACCGCAGUUUUACUUUAUAUGUUUACUCGUUAAUGCAAACGUUGAAUCAUUGAUAUAUAUUGUAUCUGUUUGAUUUUCAUGUGAAACAGCUGACAUUUUACACUAUUGUGAACCAUGAUCCUUUAUGUCAUGAGUGUGUUCAUUACAAUGUAGCGUACAAUUAUAUGAUAUUUAUUUUUGUUUUUUGAAAAAACUAGUUACAUUUUGGGAGGUUUUUCACAAAGAACUCAACAAUGUGCUGUGAACUUUGAACACAUGUUCGACCCCAGGCAGACUUUUAAUUGAGAUUUGCAAAGCCUGAAAUAGUGACAUAGCCGGUUUCGGGUUUAAAGUAUUUAUUAAUGUUUAUUUUAUGUCAAAAUAGAAUGCCAUUAUUCAGUCACGAUAUAUUCAAACAUUAUCAACAUGAGCAAGUUACUUUCUGAUAUGCAUUGACGAAUAAGACUGCAUUUAUUAUGGUAAGGUCUCUUCAUGCAAGCGCUAUGUUUUAAAGAUAAAAGUGGAUCUGAAAACUAAUUAGCUAUUAAGUGUAGUCAUCAAAACCAAUUGAAAUUUUAAAUUAAACAAUUAUCAAUUUAAGCAAAAUAGUAUGUUUUUGCAGAGUUAAUCCCUCCAAGGAACGUGCCUUUGUAUUUCUACAGUUGACUGAUUACUCUCUAAGGGCCUAGAAUCCAAACUCACUGAAACGAAGAAACAAUAAAUUAAUUGUGUUGGCAACGAUAGCGAAAUUUUGGUGGGAAUGUAAAAUAAAUAUUAUUUAUUGAAUUUACUGAAUAUUGUGUGCGUGUGAGGAUGGGUUAGGGUUCGGAGAGUGCUUUCGGUAAUGCAGCAGUCAAUUGUUACCACGGCUCUCCCGGGUCCAGGGGUUAGUCCACUUAAAUGGCCGUCAACGAGUCUUUUGACGUUUAUUUUUAAAUACAGAAGACUUGAGACUGGGAUACAUAAGAAUAACAAAACAAUAAAAAUCUAUCCUUGGUCACUCAUUAUUGAAGCUAGUCCGGUAUACCAGGGAUAGCGGGCAAAAUGCUGGUAGUUUAGUUUUCGUGCUGAUUUAAGCAGGGAAUGGGACUUACCUAGGAUGUUCACAAGUUGCUUGGGCAUUUUGGGGGGAUUUUACCAGCAGUUUGUCUCAGCAGGGCAGGGAUAAUACCCGGGAUUGGCUGGACCGAAAGUUAAAGUCCCGCUAUUCCCCGAACCUUGGGGGCGGACAGUGGUUACAAUUAACUAGUGUAUAAAUUGUUUAUAUAAGAUCAAAAAGACACAUGAGUAUUCAAUAAAUACGACAUACAUGUAUAAAAUUAGGUCUUAAUGAAUGCUGAAUAAUUUCUCUUUCUUUUUCACAAUUUGCAAUGUUUACCUGUCAAUGAAUAGACUAGCUCAAUCACUGUUCAUUUAUUUCAUUCAGUAUUUCAUUCAAUUUUAAAAAAGAACAGCAUUGUGACUCACGUAUUUAGAAAGUACAGAAAGUAACUAUUCUGGUUUGUUUUUGUGUGUUAUGUGUCAUAAUGCAGAUCGUUCAGAAUAUUCAAAAUGGCCGCAACAGUCGGCAUGACAUCAACAAAUUGUUUCACCUACUUCAAGAUCUUGUUUAGCAGCUUAAUAUCCCAAACAAACGUUGUUAAACCGAUUCUUAACCGUUUAAACUUAUGCCAUCAAACAAAAAUUGAGAAAACCCUGUGAAAUAAAGUAGAAAUGGCAAUAUUUACAUUGUGUCAGAAGCGUAUUGGAAACGGAUGUCGGAGAAUUCGUACCCAUUCAAUAUCGUACGACUGUCAUAUUUUGCAUUUCUUUCCAGCCGAAUUAUCGGCGAAAGCUCAUGAAACAAUAGUGUAGUUACCGGUACGAAAUCUCCAUACAUCCGUGAAAACCCGUGUAUUGGAACGCGAAGAUGGAUAAAACGGGAAGUUUCUAGCAAAAAGUUAUCAAAAUAUGAAAUUCAAUAUAAAAUAAAAACAUGCAUCUCAGAUAAAGUCACCGUCACAGAAUUUAAUCAGACCUAUUCGCUAUGCUUCCAAACUCGGAAUAGGAUUUGUUAUGGAUCAAGUUCCUUAUAAAGAAAAUGGCGUCCAAUGCUCGCUUGAAAUCUUCACCAAGUUCAUUGUGGCGCGGAAUGCGGAUUAAUAUAUUCAAGUUUGAUUCCAUAAGUAUUUAGUUUCAGCGAAACUUGGUGAUUUUGUCGGAUGAAAUAUUUCUUCAAUGACAAAAACCAUUUUGCCACCUACUGUAUUGCAUAUAAUUGAAACACGCUUCCCUAUUAAAUGCAGUACUAUUUUUUAACGCAUAUCCAUAUAUGGACGUUCCGAUCUAAAAAGUACAUGUACCCCGGGUGUUUCCGUCAUGAAUUUUCAUUGGUUUAAGGAGGUCAAACCCCGCCCAAAACAUGUACAAUUUGCUUGCCGGCAUGCACGCGCUUUAUAUAAACAAUGUAUGACAAGCUUUUCUGGUUUUUAUUUUCAUGGUUAAGUGGUGCUUAAAUAUGUUCAUACCUAUCACUCCGGCUAAAGGAAGUAGUUCAUUGCAUACACGUACAAACCGUAAGGAGGGCUUGUACAGACACACGCUUCGCUUGAAGCCUUUGUUCUAAAAUACGACAUCGAUGUUAAUUCUUGCUAGUGACUACUAUUGCACAUUGAUGAACAAGAUGUAAGAUUUUGCCGGGAAAUCCGACGCUCCAUUUAAAAGUUUGUGUAAUU